AAAAACAGGACCCGAAAAGCUUUCCAUUUUCCGUUUUCAAAAAACGGAAUCCAAAAACAGUAACGGCCAUUAUUGCGGUACCCACUUCGGCGAAACUUCCAUGUGCCCAUCCCCCGAUUUUCCUCUGGUUCCGAUUUCUCGAAUAUUCAAAUAUUCAAAAGGGAACCCAGAAAAGUAGAGUUAAAGCUUCCCACUUUUCUAAUCAUAUUUUAUAAUCCAAUAAUUAGAUCCACCAACACCCCAUUAAUCUACUAAUUAAACCCAACUCAGAGUCUCUCUCUCUCACCACUGCAAGUCUUCCAUUGGCAACUGCUCGCCAUGUUUCAGAGCCCACCUUCUUCCUCAGGUGCGGAUUUCGAGUCGUUUGGUUGAUUGCAUUGUGAAGGAAGGGAAAGAGGAUUCCUUUUAGAUUUUGGGGUUUUCUUCCGAGUUGAGUUAAUGGGUGGGAGAAGUUCAAAAGAGGGGAGCUAUAGGCAAAAUUCAUCUUCUCGUUCGAGCUCCUCAUGGGGCGGGCAUCCAGGAGGUCAAUCAACGUCAUAUGCUCAACCUCCAUAUGGUCAAGGAAGUCAGAGUUAUCCACCACCACCCCAGGAAUCCUAUCAAUCAGCACAGCCUUACUAUGCCCCCGUGUACAGUGCUCCUGCGGCCCCUCGGGCUCAGGAGAAGACGUUUGAUAGGAGAUAUUCCAGAAUUGCUGAUAAUUACCAUUCCCUGGAGGAAGUGACAGAGGCUCUUGCGCGUGCUGGUCUCGAGUCUUCCAAUCUUAUCGUUGGUAUUGAUUUCACAAAGAGCAAUGAAUGGACAGGUGCGAGGUCAUUUAACCGAAAAAGCUUGCAUCACAUUGGGAACGGGCCAAAUCCCUACGAACAUGCGAUAUCCAUUAUUGGAAAAACCUUGGCUGCUUUUGAUGAGGAUAACCUCAUUCCCUGUUUCGGCUUUGGGGAUGCGACAACUCAUGAUCAAGAUGUGUUUAGUUUCUAUGAAGAUAGAUAUUGCAAUGGAUUUGAGGAAGUAUUGGCUCGCUACAAGGAAAUUGUUCCCAAGCUACGGCUUGCAGGACCGACUUCAUUUGCACCUGUAAUUGAACAGGCCAUGACCAUUGUUGAGGAGAGUGCUGGCCAAUACCAUGUCCUGUUGAUAAUUGCAGAUGGCCAGGUAACUAGAAGCGUUGAUACUGAGAAUGGCAGGCUGAGCCCUCAGGAACAGAACACGGUUAAUGCCAUUGUUGCUGCAAGUAAGCUCCCUCUAUCAAUUAUUCUAGUUGGUGUUGGAGAUGGGCCCUGGGACAUGAUGAAGGAAUUUGAUGACAAUAUUCCUGCUCGGGCAUUUGAUAAUUUCCAAUUUGUGAAUUUUACGCAAAUUAUGUCAAAGAAUGUGCCACCGUCAAGAAAGGAGACCGAAUUUGCUCUAGCAGCCUUGAUGGAAAUUCCUGCUCAGUAUAAAGCAACAAUAGAGCUCAAUAUAUUGGGUGGUCGGAAGGGAAAUAUUCCCCAGAUUCCUCUCCCCCCUCCUGUGUAUGGAGCGUCAUCUUUCAGCAGCUCAAAAACUUCCCGUGCUACCAGUUUCAGUUCGCCAUCUUUCACAAAACCUUCCCAUACCAGUUACGAGCCAAGUGUUCCUCCUUAUUAUGGAGACAGCAGUUCCGUCAGUACAGCUCCACCUGCUCCCAGUUCUACGUAUGAUAAUCAGGUUUGCCCCAUUUGCCUUACGAAUCCGAAAGACAUGGCCUUUGGUUGCGGGCAUCAGACAUGUUGCGAAUGCGGACAAGAUCUUCAGUCGUGCCCAAUAUGCCGAAGCGCAAUCCAAACCCGGAUAAAACUGUAUUAACGACGACGUGCUUUCAUGCCGGAGUUGGCUGACGUUGUGUGUAUUUGUUUAUUUUUUCAAUCACAUUCUUUGUAAUCCAUUGCUUUAGGUGGUCAGGAGGUUGCUAGGUUUGGUAAUUGGUUGGUCGAAUCCAGCGUAUGAUGAUGAUGAUCCAGAUGUGAGUGAAUACUCUGGUGAUUUUUUUGGUUGUUUUAAAAAAAAAAAUGAAAACGAAGUGAAGUGCUGCCGUCUCUACAUUUUUGCAAUUUGAUUGUUGCUCUGUAGAUGCCGGUCUUAGUUUUUUUUCACGGAGGUGGACUUUCUUGUGGAUGGAUGAGAGAUUUUCAAUGUGUUGGGAAUACAGUUCGAUACAUUAAGAGCUAGUUUGGUAUUACUGUAUUUUUUGAAAAAGCUGUUUCUGCUGUGCUGUAAGAAUAAACUGCUGUAAAAUAAAACAGUAGCCGUGCUUCCACUUUA